GCAAAUAACAAGAUAAAGCGACCAAUUUCAAGCGAGUUGUUUGCAAAUGAAGGAUGUAAGUACUUCAAAACAUGUACAUGCAGCUGUUCUUUCCAGAUAUGGCGUUAUUAGUAGGAAAAAUAUUUUCUCGUUAUCGCCCUUGUUUUGGCAUUUCGUGACAUCCCUCCAAUAGUAGCGGUUAAGCUACCUAGAGCAGUAGCGGUUAAGCUACCUGGAUGGUUAUUAUGGGUGGUUGGGCUACCUGGAUGGUUAUUAUGGGUGGUUGGGCUACCUGGAUGGUUAUUAUGGGUGGUUGGGCUACCUGGAUGGUUAUCAUGGGUGGUUGGGCUACCUGGAUGGUUAGCAGUCUAGCUGUAGUAGUAGCUACCUGGAUGGU